AUGGAAAAAUGCUACGAGAAUUACAUACUGAUCGAUAUCGGGGCCAACUUGACCAACAAGAAGUAUAGCAGAGAUUUGGAUACUGUUGUACAAAGAGCGAAAGAUUCAGGCGUUCAGAAGAUUAUGGUAACUGGAACUUCAGUGAAAGGAAGCAAAGAAGCCCUCAGACUAACCCGAAUAUAUCCAGGAACAUUAUAUUCCACUGCAGGCAUUCAUCCUCAUGAUGCUAAGUCAUACGACGAUCAGUCCUGGGAAGAGAUUUGCCGUUUAGUUGAGAACCCGGAAUGUGUAGCAGUGGGUGAAUGUGGUUUAGAUUAUAACCGAAAUUUUUCAGAACCAGAAGACCAGAAAGCUGUUUUCGAAAAACAUAUAAAUCUAGCAAUUAAGGUCAACAAACCUCUAUUUGUCCACGAACGAGAUGCAUUCAAUGAUUUGGUUGAAAUUUUAAAUAAGUAUAGUAGUAAAUUGCCUCCAGUCGUGAUACAUUGCUUUACUGGGAGUGUGGAAAACGCACUGGAUUACUUAAACAAAGGAUUUUACAUAGGAUUAACAGGUUACUUAUGUAAAGAUAAAUCUGAUACUGGUGUGCGAAAACUCUUAGUAGACAAUUUAAUUCCACUGGACAGGCUCUUAGUUGAGACCGAUGCUCCUUUUAUGUAUCCCAACACGAGAGCAUCUAAGUUGCCAGUUCAUGUUAAAGAAGGUUUAACCGAAAGAUCAACGACUUUCUUACAUCGAUACUGUACGUUUCAACGAAAUGAGCCUUGUUCCCUACCAGCAAUCGUGGAAAUGAUUGCAGCCUUCAUGAACAAAAAACCAGAGGAGGUGGCCUUAGCCACAUCAUUUAAUGCAAUGAAACUUUUUGGUCUCUCUUAAUUUUACACUCCUACUAUUUUUUGAUCAACAAUAAUACUAUGAGUUUCAAGGGAAAUGAAUACCUAGUGUUUGUAAUAAGAUGGACCAAAAUAAAACGAAAAUUUAAGGUAAAUAUGCGAAUUGUGGCCUUUUUCAUGAAAAAAGAUAUUUAAAAAUUAUUGUAAAAAUGGAAUUAUUUGUUUUUAAUAUUAACAAUUUGUGUAGUGUAUUAAAAUUAUGUUGUACUGUUUUGAUUGCAAAAAUUUAUUAAUUUAUGUUGUGUUAAUUAAUGGUAAAUGUUAUAGGUUAUACUAAAAGUAGAUGAGCUUUAAAAACCAAUUCUUAUUUUAUUUGUUAUUUUAUUUGGCUGUAUGAACGCAUGUACGGUAUUCCAUAUAACCAACUUUCUUAUUUUAUUUUAUUCUUAUUUUAUUUUAUGUGGCUGUAUGAACCCACCAUAAAUCAUAUUAAGAUUUUUUUAUUUUAUCAUAAGAGAAUAUUUUUCUUUUAAGUACUAGUUUUUUUAUAGUAAAUAUCUAGAAUUGAUAGAUUAAUAAUUAAUUAUUGUAGCCUUAUAUUGUUUUAAAUUGACUUUAUAUAUCUAUAUUUGAGGUAUACUGUAUUUUUCUAUGAAUAAUGUUUGAUAUUAGAUCAAUGAUCAAUUUGUGUACAGGUCCAACGAAGGUGCUUUUAGUCAAGAACUAUUUUUAAUUAAAAUUAAGGUUAAUUUAAAGGAAUUAUAGCCCAACCACUUAGUUGACAAAAGAAUAAUAAAAUAGAUAGUCGAAAUUUUUGAUGCAGUUAGUCUGUAUUUUUUGACAAAUAGAUGACAAGUCACAAUCUGGCCUUUAUACGGGGUGUUUCAAAAAACAUGUGCCAUCUCCUCACAAGAAAUGGCACAAUGAAAAAAGCAAGACUGAUUUUAUCAUCUGCUUGUCAAAUAGAAACCAACUGCCUCAAAAGGACUCUCAUUUUUUUUGUCCAAAUCUAAAGUAAUUGGGUUACUAGCCUGUUAUUUUUAGAAUAUAGUGAUAAAUGUUUGCAGCUGAAGAUAGUUUUUACUAUUAUUUAAAUAUAAUUUAUUUCGUCAUUGCACAUUGAAUGUUAUACUGGAAAUUAAUUGCUGGCUUGGAAAUAACAAUCAAUGACACAUUCACCAUAUAAUUUAGAUAUUUGAUGAUGGUAAUUUCCAAGCCCACUGUGACGCCUGUUUUUUUUUAUAUUUAAUACUAAUAUAUGGAAUUAUUUAUUUGGAAUUUUUAUUUAAUAUAAAUGUUAGUAUAUACAUUAAAUGGGUAUAUGUAUUUUUUUUCUUGUUCUGCAAAAGACAGUUAAACACUAUUUUAUAGUUUUAUUCUUGCCUUUAGUAUAACAAAGGCGAAUAUUAUUGUACUAAAAAUUAAAUAUUUAUUUUUCUAAGAAAAUUGUAACGAACUUUGUGAUAUACAUGUGUAUGUUAUAUUUUACUGUAGGUAUAUAUUGGUAUGUUAAGCAACUCUAUCUAUGUGCCUUACAUGUUUAUGUAUUUAUCGUUUCAGAAAAUGUUUGUAAUUGAAUAAAAAGCUUUAUAUUUAUUCAAAA